AUGCCCGGCUUCUGGGACGACACAGCUUCGGUGGUGUCCUGGUCAUCGUUUGGGGAUGGCGCAGCUCCGGUUUCUGCCAUCGAUGGCGACGGACAGUCGACCUCCAAGGGCCUGCCGGUCCAUCCGCCGCUAGAUGAUCUCUUGAUACCUCCUGACGAACACAUUCGUAUCCUCCUCCGUUCGCUCAGCAACAGCUUUCCCGCCAGUCUCGAAAACAACGAAUGCCGAUGGCUCGCCCUCCAAACUUCGGCGUCGGCGUCGGCGUCGGAUCAGCCCCAGCACAAAGUCAUCGCUGUGAGACAAUCAGAGAAGGACGUCCGGUUCUCGAUGAGGCUUCCUCUCGUGACAAAUGAAUCAGGCAUCACCUCCGCGUUAUGGCUGGAGCUAUACUACGACCCUGGCGGAGAUAACUUGAUUCUGCUCAACCGAUCCGAGUUUCCAAUAGUCUUGGAAAGGACAUCGCACAUCUCUGGCAUUCCCCGUAAUCAACAGUACCAGAUCAAUCCCUGGCAUACCAAGAGCCUGGAGUUAUCCACUUGGAAGGUGUCCGUGAGGAACAUAGACACAUUUGAGCUUCGAAUGAUUGAGAGAGAACAUGUCAAGAAGGUCGAAACUGGGCCGUUCCCGCCUGCUAGAUUGUGGAACUCAAAGUCGCCGUCGAUUGAAGGCAAUCCUGUACUGGAACUCGGUCUUGGGGAGACAGCUCUCAUACCCAGCGGCGGCGAGAGCGGAUCAUACAGUCUCACGAACCACGGUAUCCAACAGUCCAAUGCUCUCUCGAGUGUCUACAAGGCGACUAGCUCGCUCUACUCCACCGCCCAUCCAAUUCUCGUCAAGGUCCAAAAGACUCGUCUCAAAACUGGAACUGGCAACGGUCCUUCCCUAGAUAUUCAGCAGGAGCGCAAUGUCAUCCGACAGGUCGGUAUGUGGUUCCGCGAGCUUACAUCCUUGGGAGCCCUGGAGCACACCAACAUCAUAAGUCUACUUGGCAGCGACAGUCGUUAUCUGAGCCUCUACAUGGAACACAUUCAGGCCGCCGACCUCUCGCACAGAGGGACAUGGCGUGACAACCAGUCCGGCAGCUUCCUUGGAAGCCGCACCGAUGCAGUCGGCAUCUUGCGAGACAUAUCCAGCGCCCUCUUGUAUUUGCUCGGGAGGAAUCUGGUGCACAAUGACGUAAAACCAUCAAACAUCCUAUACUCCCGCGAGAGAGGCGCUGUUCUCUGCGGCUUUGCCUUGUCGGACUCGGUCAGUCAAUUAACCACUGGUGGAACCCCUUACUACAUCCCGCCAGAGUUCAUAGGGAGGAAACUACGUGGUCCAGCUGGUGACAUGUGGGCUCUUGGGGUGACACUACUUUACCUUCUUGGUAAACUUCCCCUUCCCGACACACGUGGGAAGGACACGAAUCAAAUGCGCCUCUACUGGAUGAUUGCGGAUGUGAACAAAGCAUCAGCGCGCUCGGGCUUCAAUGCUGGCUCUUUGUCAGCUCUUGACCAGAUGAGGAUGUGGCUCUCGGAGGUGGAUAAGGCAAGGGCAAAGUUGGACAAGGGCGACAUUCUCAACUCGGUGGUCUCGGACAUGCUGAACCCGAAUCCCAACAGCCGAUUGACAGUGGCAAAACUCCACGAGCGACUUCUCGAUAUACCGACGGGGCCGUGGGUCGAGAGUCCUUCGCCAUCUGGGACGGGCGAAGUUGAUCCCCGAGAAGCCAGACCUGGUCCCCCGGUAACUCAUGAGGAACUAUCAAAUAUCGUUGAAAUUCUCUCAGACCAGAUCCAGGGCGUCCUUCUCCAAAUCCUAGGGUCGGAUGUUCUGGUUCAGCUCUCGGAUGCACUCCCGCAUCUGCUCGAGGAACUCGGAGUCCAUGUCGGCAGCGACACCCAGCUUCCGGCUGCUCGGCUGCGACUAAUGUGUAUCUUGCACGAAGUCGGCAAGUAA